AUGAAUGUCGACUAUCAAAUUGAACGUGGCGGUUUUGCAGGGAAAAAGAUGCAAGGAACUGUUACAUUGAAUUGUACAUCAUCUUUUCUAGUCAAAACAAUAUUUCUUAAGAUCACGAAAAUAGUUAGCACUCAGAACAGGAACAAAGACGUCAUUGAAUAUUCGAUCUUCCCAUUGCGCGUUUAUUUUUAUUCCCACGAGUUCUGCCCGGGGAUUUCUCAAGUCUUUUUUGAAUGCGAAAUUCCAUUAACAUUUCCGUUAAUGUUUGUGUCUGAUAAAGUCGGCUUGAAAUACUACGGAGAGUGUGUUGUGACAACAUCAAACACGACGGAAUUUAAAAGUCGACCAAAGAUCUUCCCCGUCUUGUUUGAUCAACGGAAGUUGUUAAAACAAUCGAAAGCGGUGAAUAAAGAAAUGAACGGGUAUAUAGUGAGUAUGCACUCUUCACAAAUAGUCUAUCACAAGGACAAGACUGUGAGACUUUACUUCAAUGCGUGCAGAUUAAAGGCAGACCAAGCCGAUGAAACCUUUUAUUUCAAAUUGAUGCAACAGACGAAAGUCGGAAAUACAAAUCCAAUGACUGAAAUAUUGUCAACAACACAAUUUAAAACACCAAUUAAAAGUGUUGAAAAUGUGCCUUUAGUGUUUACACCAACAGAAAAGUGUUGUCCCAGUGUUGAAGACUCCUUUGUGUCUUUAUACCAUUUUGUUGUGCUUUCCCUUCAAGAAGACUCUUUUGAGAGUACCGAAGACAAUCUCUGGUUUCCAAUAUAUGUCUCCGGGUGGAAGCCAAAAAGUGUUUCUUAUGAUCUGAGGAGGUACAUCAAACAAAUCGACUUACAAAUAGACCCCUCGAUAUUUUCAGACGAAAGAAUAAAACGGGAAGUGCCACAUAUUCCGGAUGGAAUGUAUUCAAAGGAUGGUACUGAAGUUGUGAUGUUGAGUGAUAACACUCAUAUUAAAUUAGACCAUUUCAAUCGAAGAGUCUUAGGAAUGGAUAACAUCCCAAUAGAUAUGGUGUAUCCUUCCUUUGACUCAUUUCUACUGAAUAAUGGCUUAACCUUUGGGUUGUACAAAAACAGGGAAAUUGUAGUCGAUCAUGUCGCCGGAUGUGCAAAAUUUACUGAUCAAGUUGAUGAAGUACCACAAGCUGUCAAAGUUGGAAGCACAACAGCAGUUUUGACACUUGUGAUUGAACAGACUGAGGGGAUUCAAUGUCAAGAUAUGUCAUCCAUUGGUGAUGUAACAUGUGCUGUAUAUGUUGAUGAAUUCAGUGAUUUGAAAAAUAAAAGGAACAUUCAAGAGUCUUACUCAAUCGAUGAACAAACAAUGUCAUUUAAGAAUACCAAAUUUGUGAUUGAUGUCUCUCAACGAUUGAAUGUUAUAGUGUCUUUCAUUAGAACAACACGCGAGAAAAGAGAAAUUAUUGGGUUUGUCGACUUGAAAUUGUCACAUAUCCCAUUUCCAUCACUUGUGGAGAAGUGGUUUGACUUUAUGCCUUCGCCUUUGGGAGAAGAAUUUUAUAUAGGAAGAGUCAAGAUGAAAAUUGGGUAUGACACAAAAGCACAUACACAACUCGAUCAUUUUGUUGUUCUGCCAGAUUACUUUUCGAUGUUUUGUGUGCCAGAGUAUGUCCUCACAGAAGCCACUAUUUCACUCAUUGAAAUCCAAAAACUGUUCUGUGAUAAAAGGAAACUACAUAAUCAGUGUGUUGUUGUUAAUGGCGAUGUGCGGUUAAUUAGACAACUAAAGUUUUUGCAUGUCAUCUGA